AAAUGGCAGCCAGUGAAAACUUGGGGAGCCGCAGUGUUGGGGACAGGCGCUUCCCCACUACCCCAGGGGGAGAUCAGAAAGGGGGAUGGAUGAAGGGAAAGGAAGGGGUGCUGCCAAAACGCAGUCUGUCUCUUGUCUAGUCCUGGCGGUGCUCCGAUGGCUUUAAAGGCUCUAGUAGAAGUUCAACGGGUGCAGCUUUCCCUAUUCUCAAGGGGUUGCAAUAGCAUAGGUUUUCAAGGGGCUGCUUGGCCUGCUGAAUUUCUACUUGGCAGGAAAACGUUGCAGACGUAAGAGCCCUGCGGGAGGACUCCUGCUCAAGUUGAAGGAAAGAACAGGCAAGGAGGUUCCUCCUCCAUGCAAGUAGCUUCAGAAUUAAAAGGUUGUAAUGUAGUCAUUGCUUCUCGCAAACUUGAGAGAUUAAAAGCUGCGGCACAAGAGUUAGCUGCCAAAAUUCCAUCCACCGAUUCCACCCAAGUGACCCCUAUACAGUGCAACAUUCGCAAAGAAGAGGAGGUAGAGGCACUGGUGAAAUCGACAUUGGAUCUUCAUGGUAGGAUAGAUUUCUUGGUAAACAAUGGAGGAGGCCAGUUUCCUAGCCCAGCAGAAUCUAUCAGUUCAAAAGGCUGGAAUGCUGUGAUUGAAACCAACUUGACUGGGACUUUCUACUGCUGUAAAGCAGUGUACAAUGCUUGGAUGCAGGAUCAUGGAGGUGCCAUUGUCAAUAUUGUGGCUGAUAUGUGGAAAGGGUUUCCUGGCAUGUCGCACAGUGGUGCAGCAAGAGCUGCAGUUGAUAAUCUGACCAAGAGUUUAGCCAUUGAGUGGGCCCAUAGUGGAGUGAGAAUUAACUCUGUUGCCCCGGGAGUGAUAUUUUCCGCAACUGCUGUUGCACACUACAAAGGCGGUGAAGAAAUGUUUAAAAGCUACAUUGAAAAGAUUCCUGCCAAAAGAUUAGGAGUUCCUGAAGAGGUGUCUCCCUUGGUGUGUUUCCUGCUCUCUCCAGCUGCCUCCUUUAUAACUGGAGAAACUGUGAAGGUUGGUGGUGGACAAGACCUAUAUAGUAGUCCCUGGAAAGUUCCAGAUCAUAACAGCUGGCCACCUCCUCCAGAAGGAGAGAAUUCCAAAGCACUUAGGAUGAUGCUUUCUGGGAAAUCUUUGUCAAAGCUGUAAAUCAAAGUAAUUGGGGUUGAUCCCCUUCCACCUCAUCAGUGGAGGAAUGUGGCUUCUUACUGACAGCAAUCUUAAGGAAUUCUGCGUAUCUCACUUUGAUUAAAAGCUAUAUAUAUAUAUAUAUAUUGUUUUUAUAAUAAUAGUUCUAGGAAAACUCACCAACAAAAUGUCAGGAACAAACACUUGUCUACACUUACUGUUUCUAGUUUUCUUUUAUAAAAGAGAAAAUGUCCCAUUA